AUAUACAAUUGAGAUGUCACCCUAACGAUCCUUCUCUGCCCCUUCCAAAAAACCGCCAUGAGCUUAAAGCAAGAAUUUUGCAGGGUCCUUACCAACCAAUCUUGAGUUUAUAUCCAAAAACAAAAAUAGGAAAUCAGUAUCGUAGUUUUCAAGUUCAGUAUUUUCAGAAGUACAAAUGGAUAGAGUUUAGUGAGAAAGAAAAUGCUGCAUAUUGUUUUCCAUGUAGAUUCUUUAAAUCUAAUAACUUAAAUAAUGGUCAACUUGAACAGUCUUUUUCAACUAAAGGUUUUAAGAACUGGGCUAAUGCAACAAAACUCCUUAACAAACAUCAGUUAUCAAAUGCUCACAUUACUAGUGCAUCUUCGUUAUCUCAUUAUAUCUCUGGAAAACCUAUUGACGAGGUUUUGGACAAUGCUAAAAAAGAAAAUUUGAAACAGUGUGAAGCCAAUCGUAUACAAAAUCGUACAUAUUUGGCACGAAUUAUUGACUUAACAAUUUUACUUGGUAAAUGUGGUCAAGCAUUUAGAGGCCACAAUGAGAAGGAAGGCAGUAACAAUAGAGGUUUAUUUCUGGAACUAGUUUCUUUGUUGAAAAAGUAUGAUAGUGUUAUGUCCAACCAUUUAGAAAAAGGUCCCAGAAAUGCUUCAUACACCAGUAAUAGAACACAAAAUGAUAUAAUACAGUCAAUACAUAAUGUAAUGCUUCGAAAGAUUUCAUCUAUGCUCAAAAAUAAAUAUGUUUCGAUUAUUGCUGAUGAAACCAGUGACUGUGGUCAUCACGAGCAGAUGUCUAUAGUAGUUCGUUUUUUUGAUACAAGUUUGAAUAAACCAGUUGAAUACUUCAUGGGUUUGCAACGUCUUUUAAAAGUUGACUCACAGUCUAUUUUUGAAGCUUUAAAUAAUUUUGUAGAAAAUAUUGGUAUAUCUUGGGAAAACGUUAUUUCUGUAUGUUUUGAUGGAGCUGCUAACAUGUCUGGUUGUCAUAAUGGUGUUCAAAUGAAGUGUAAAGAAAAAAAUGAAAAUAUAUUUUAUGUACAUUGCUAUGCACACUGCCUGAAUUUAGUCUUAGUAGACUCAAUCGGAAGAAAAAAUGUAGUAUUAUUUGAUUUUUUUGGUACAGUACAACUAAUUUAUUCUUUCUUAGAAGGGUCUUGUACAAGGCAUGCUGUAUUAGAAAAAUUUGCAACCAAAAUUAAUAUAAAACUAUGCUCACUUAAAUCCUUGUCGACAACUAGAUGGGCAUGCAGACAUGAAGCUGUAUCAGCUGUCAAGUCCAAUUAUUCUGCUUUAAUACUUGCUCUCGAAGAAAUAUAUAAAGAGACAACUGUAUCAGAAGCUAGAGCUAAAGCUCGUGGUAUUUUAAUGCAAAUGAAAUCAUUUGAUUUUAUUUUUUCAUUAAAUAUGAUGCACUCAAUUCUUAUGAUAAUUGUUAAAGAAACAUUAGGUAUUAUUUCAGCAGUAGGUAAUACUCUUCAACUGAUUCCUACAGAGAAUGAUAUACAAUUACUUCAAGAAAAACUUAAAGUAAAUUCUGAUUGUUUUAAAACAGAAAUCAAAUUACUUAAAGAACUUCCAGAUACUCCUGAAAAGACUUCUUCUGAAUCUAUAGAAAAUUGGAUAGAAUGGUUACUUAA